UUGUUUUAUACUAACACGUGAAAUUCAAACUUUCAGCAAAAUUUUAUUUAAUUCUUACUAUGUAUCAUUAUCAAUACCGAAUUAUUGUCGUUGGGGAUUCUACAGUUGGGAAAAGCUCUCUUCUUCGUUACUUUACAGAAGGAAAAAAUGCCGAAAGUAAUGAACCAACCGUUGGAGUAGAUUUCAACUUUCGUUUGGUAGAAAUCAAACCAAAUUAUCGAAUAAAGCUUCAACUAUGGGAUACUGCUGGGCAGGAAAAAUUUCGAUCUAUUACAAGAUCGUAUUAUCGAAAUACUGUGGGCAUUAUCAUCGUUUAUGACAUCACAAAGCGUCACACAUUUGACAGUUUACCCGAUUGGAUUGCUGAAGCAGAAGCGCAUCUAGGAGGCCCAGAUCCUUCAAAAACUGUCUUUUUGCUCGUUGGACACAAGGCUGAUUUAGAAGAACAAAGGGAAGUUCUUUUUGAGGAAGGUGAAUAUUUUGCUAAACAUAAGGGAAUGAAGUUCAUUGAGACAUCUGCAAUCACAGGCGCUAAUGUGAAUGAUGCAUUUGCACUUAUUGCACGUGAAAUAAAUACUCGAUUUGAGACAGGAGCGAUUCGUAUAAUUGAAGGAUGGGAUGGAAUUAAGUGUGGGUUAAUGCGAAGUCAAUCGUUCACACUCUCUGACAUACAAGAAGAGCCAAAUUCUCAAUGUGCUUGUUAA